CAUCAAAUUUUCCAUGUUAUGAUUGCUUUCAUCAUUUCUCCCUGUGAAGUUUCUGACUCUUAAUGUGUUGUUGGAUUCACAGAUAAUGAUUUAUUGAAAAUAAUAGCUGUAAUGCAUACACGAGAAGUGAAUACUUAGGGACAGAUGAUCUCCAUUUUGCAAAACAAUUUCUUCUAUUGGAUAGAUUUUAGAAGUUGUUUUGUGGAGGAUAAAAGGAUUUCCUUUUUUAAUCUCCAAAGUAGCUGACACUAUUACUGGUUGUGUCCUUUGGAUCCCCAAGUUGAAGAUUGGUGAAAAUGCGGACUGCAUACCUCAUAGUGGAUGGUGGAACCUGCUUUAGCAAGGUGUUAUUUUGAAAGAUUUUCUUUAAUUUGCGUUUGCAUGUUAUAAACUGUUAGAUUAGCCUCAAAAAUUUUCCCCUAUGGACUAAUGCUGGAUUUGUUGAUCUAUUAUCUUAUGGUGUUCUCGUUACAUCCUGCAGACCUUUAUAGAACCAGGAAAAAUAGAAACUUGGAUUGUUGUAAACUUCUCUAUCCACUAGGAUACAAAUUAUAUAUCAAGUGAGCUUAUCUACAGUGGAAGAACUAGGGGCAUCCUAAGUUGAAUGCUAUGCUAGACUCAGCUUAUCUUACAUAUAUUCAUCUAAAAAAAUGUCAAUGUAGCAUUUUCAACGCCCACAGAUGUUAAUGGAGGAUAUCUUUAUUUUAGAAUAGCUAUGCCUGUUGCAAGAGUGGAAAGGAUGUAUGUGCUUUUUAUUAAGUCUUAGUUUGAACACCUUCCUCAAUUCAUUCUUUGUCUUGCCAGAGAGGGAAAGCCCUAAUAUUUAUGGUAUGGUGUGAAUUUAUCCUGUUUAAUUCAUUUGUCUUAGAAUAAGUAUUUUAACUUUAUGUUUUGUUAUUUUGUCAAGGACCUCGGAAGAAGAUGAGUCUUGUUACUUUUGGAGUUGUCAGCCAGUGCAUACCUCCUGGAAAAAGCAACAAUCAGUACCUCAUUAUUUUGCUCCUAAAAAAUCUCUAUAUGCUUGUUUUCAUUUGAGAUCCAUCAUUAACUGUUUCCUUUUGUUAUAGCUUGAAGGGAUAAAUUUCCUGUUCAUGAGAUAGCACCCCUCAUGCCUCUCUUUGAUGAAAGAUACUCCUACCAUGAUUUUGACAAUGUGUGUUUCUCAUGGCUCUCCUGGUCAAGCGCCCAACCUUUCAAUGGCUGCAGUGAUACAUUUAUGUUUUAUUUGGCAUUAUAACCUCAGCUCUAUAGUCAUGGUGUUUCUGCUCCAAUCUGCUGUAAGUUUCAGGUUGUUGGCUCUCAAUAUUGGAUGCCGAUUUCAAGGUAUAGGGUUUCUACGAGAAUGCAAAAGCCAAAGUUGGAGAUUUUGGAUUCCUUAUAUAUAAGUCUCUAGCUAAUGGGACAGAUGAUGGUAUUAUCGGGUAUUCAGCAAAUCCCAGAACAUAAACAGGAAUUCUAACAUGGCUUGAUAUUUGAAAGUCACUGAUACAUUGGUAAAUCAUGUUUGCAAGUUAGUCACUUUUUCUCAU